AAAAAGGGAACAAAGACACAAUAAAUUGAAGAAAAAAAAACAACAACAACCCGAUACUGUUCGAAUAAGCCAUCCCAUCAUAAAGGAUUUAAACUUCUUUGAGAUUUACACGCGUUAUCAAGCGACUGUUUCCAUGACACCACACCCACGGUCAGUGUGUCCUUCCGUCCACGAUGUCCCCUCCCCCACACCGGCUCUUUCCUCUCUCAUGCCUGCUUGGAAAGCCGCGAGCUCUCCCGGGCAUGCAGUAAGUGACUAACACUGGUGGAUAGGAGGCGCUGUUGAGUCACACCCCCGCUGGCCUCUGUGAUACAACUACCGUCAGGAGGAGGAGGGGUGAAGGAAAAAAACCAACAGGGUAGCUCGGUCUUUGUUUCUGGCUAGGAGGAAAACCCAGAGACGUUGCAACCGGCGAGGAAUCAAAUAUACCCUUUCACCGCUAGAUUCCCCCAGGGGUCCUUGCUGCUAUCACACAUUCCCAUUCUCCUGAGAGAUGUCCACUCCUGACGCCCCAAUGGGAGGGACACCUCGACCUGGACCCUCCCCAGGCCCAGGUCCGUCUCCAGGAGGAAUGAUGGGUCCCAGCCCAGGUCCCUCACCAGGCUCAGCCCACAGUAUGAUGGGGCCCAGCCCAGGACCUCCUGGAUCGGGGCACUCCCAUCCUCCACAGGUACCCUCAGGAUAUCCUCAGGACAAUAUGCAUCAGAUGCACAAGCCCAUGGAACCCAUGCAUGAGAAGGGAAUGCCCGAUGACCCCAGAUAUGGACAGAUGAAGGGCAUGGGUAUGAGACCGGGUGGACACAGUGGAAUGGGACCACCUCCAAGCCCAAUGGACCAACAUUCCCAAGGUUACCCCUCACCACUGGGUGGAUCAGAACAUGCACCCAGUCCUGUUCCAGCAAAUGGCCCUCCCUCUGGUCCCAUGAUGCCUGGAGGCCCUCCUGGUCCCGGUGGUGGUCCAAUGGAUGGCAGUGGUGACCCGAACCAAGGAAUGGGUCAACCUAACCGUGGAGGUCCCCAAGGUCCAGGUGGACCUGGUAGUGCGGGAAGUGGACCUGUUAGUGCAGGCGGACCCACUCCGUUUAACCAGAACCAGCUGCACCAACUCAGGGCCCAGAUUAUGGCUUACAAGAUGCUGGCCCGGAGUCAGCCUCUACCAGAGCACCUGCAGAUGGCGGUCCAGGGGAAGAGGCCCAUGCCUAACAUGCAACAGCAGAUGCCUAACAUGCCACAAUCUACAGGACCAGGAGGUGGACCUGGACCUGGACCAGGACCAGGACCAGCUCAGGCCAACUACAACAUGCCAUAUGGUAUGGUCGGGCCCAACAUGGCACCCACUGGACCUACAGGGGUGCCCCCUGGUAUGCAAGGCCAGCCAACUAACGGCCCCCCUAAAUCCUGGCCGGAAGGACCAAUGGUAAAUGCUGCUGCCCCCGCCAACGCACCCCAAAAGCUGAUUCCACCUCAGCCCACAGGACGGCCCUCCCCUGCUCCUCCGUCUGUGCCUCCUGCGGCCUCCCCAGUUAUGCCCCCUCAGACGCAGUCUCCGGGGCAGCCUGCACAGCCCGCCCCUAUGAUGCUGCACCCAAAACAGAAUCGCAUCACACCCAUUCAGAAACCCCGUGGGCUGGACCCAGUGGAGAUCCUCCAGGAGAGGGAGUACAGGCUCCAGGCCCGUAUCACUCAUCGUAUCCAGGAGUUGGAGAACCUUCCUGGUUCUCUCGCUGGAGACCUGCGUACAAAGGCUACAAUCGAGCUGAAGGCCCUGCGGCUGCUCAACUUCCAGAGACAGCUGCGCCAAGAAGUGGUGGUCUGCAUGAGACGAGACACCGCUUUAGAGACGGCUCUUAACGCUAAGGCCUACAAACGCAGCAAACGCCAGUCUCUACGAGAGGCUCGUAUCACGGAGAAGCUGGAGAAACAACAGAAGAUCGAACAGGAGAGGAAACGCCGUCAGAAACACCAGGAAUACCUCAACAGCAUAUUGCAGCACGCCAAGGACUUCAAGGAAUACCAUCGCUCCAUCACAGCAAAGAUCCAGAAGGCCACCAAAGCUGUGGCCACCUAUCAUGCCAACACCGAGCGUGAGCAGAAGAAGGAGAACGAGCGCAUCGAGAAGGAGCGAAUGCGGCGGCUGAUGGCUGAAGAUGAAGAAGGUUAUCGUAAACUCAUCGACCAGAAGAAAGACAAGCGCCUGGCCUACCUGCUGCAGCAGACGGACGAGUACGUGGCCAACCUCACUGAGCUGGUCCGUGCCCACAAAGCUGCACAGGCUCUCAAGGAGAAGAAGAAGAAGAAGAAAAAGAAGAAGCCAGAGGUUCCAGAAGGUGGUGCUCCUGCGCUGGGGCCUGAUGGAGAGCCUCUAGAUGAGACGAGUCAAAUGAGUGACCUCCCAGUGAAGGUCAUCCAUGUGGACAGUGGUAAGAUCCUGACUGGGGUUGAAGCUCCGAAGGCUGGUCAGCUGGAGGCGUGGCUGGAGAUGAACCCAGGAUAUGAAGUCGCUCCACGUUCAGACAGUGAAGACAGUGGUUCAGAAGAAGAGGAAGAAGAGGAGGAUGAGGACGAGGAGCAGCAUCAGCACGCUACAGCCCCGGCUGAGGACAAGAAGAAGAUCCCAGACCCAGACAGUGAAGAUGUUUCUGAGUUUGACGUGCAGCACAUCAUAGAACACGCCAAGCAGGAUGUGGACGAUGAGUACGGCAACGCAAGCUUCAACAGAGGCCUGCAGUCCUACUACGCUGUGGCUCACGCUGUGACGGAGAAAGUGGACAAGCAGUCCUCACUGAUGGUCAAUGGGCACCUGAAACAGUACCAGAUUAAAGGUCUGGAGUGGCUGGUCUCGCUCUACAACAACAACUUGAACGGCAUUCUGGCCGACGAGAUGGGACUGGGAAAAACCAUCCAGACCAUCGCCCUCAUCACGUACCUCAUGGAGUUGAAGCGAAUCAACGGGCCUUUCCUCAUCAUCGUACCGCUGUCGACUCUGUCAAACUGGGUCUAUGAGUUCGAUAAGUGGGCGCCGUCUGUUGUCAAGGUUUCCUACAAGGGGUCUCCAGCUGCUCGACGGGCAUUCAUUCCCAUCCUGCGCAGCGGGAAGUUCAAUGUCCUGCUCACCACGUACGAGUACAUCAUCAAAGACAAACAAGUGCUGGCAAAGCUUCGUUGGAAGUACAUGAUCGUGGACGAAGGCCACCGUAUGAAGAACCAUCACUGUAAACUGACCCAGGUGUUGAACACCCACUACCUGGCCCCUCGCCGACUGCUGCUCACCGGGACUCCGCUGCAGAACAAGCUGCCUGAGCUCUGGGCUCUGCUCAACUUCCUGCUGCCCACCAUCUUCAAGAGCUGCAGCACGUUUGAACAGUGGUUCAACGCUCCCUUCGCCAUGACCGGAGAGAAGGUGGACCUGAAUGAAGAAGAGACCAUUCUGAUCAUCCGUCGUUUACACAAGGUUCUCCGACCCUUCUUACUGCGUCGGCUCAAGAAGGAGGUGGAGGCCCAGCUGCCUGAGAAGGUGGAGUACGUGAUCAAGUGCGACAUGUCGGCCCUGCAGAGAGUCCUGUACAGACACAUGCAGGCCAAAGGAGUGCUGCUCACUGACGGCUCGGAGAAAGACAAGAAGGGUAAAGGAGGCACAAAGACCCUGAUGAACACCAUCAUGCAGCUGAGAAAGAUUUGCAACCAUCCGUACAUGUUCCAGCACAUUGAGGAGUCCUUCUCUGAACACCUGGGCUACUCUGGAGGAAUAGUCUCUGGACCUGACCUGUACCGCUCCUCAGGGAAGUUUGAGCUGCUGGAUCGUAUUCUGCCCAAGCUCAGGGCCACCUCACACAAAGUGCUGCUUUUCUGUCAGAUGACGACACUCAUGACCAUCAUGGAGGACUACUUCGCUUACCGCAGCUUCAAGUACCUGCGUCUGGAUGGAACCACAAAGGCAGAGGACCGUGGCAUGCUGCUGAAGACGUUCAACGACCCGGCCUCCGAGUACUUUGUGUUCCUGCUCAGUACCAGGGCUGGAGGCCUGGGCCUCAACCUGCAGUCUGCUGAUACAGUCAUCAUCUUUGACAGUGACUGGAACCCACACCAGGACCUGCAGGCCCAGGACAGGGCCCACAGAAUCGGGCAGCAGAACGAGGUGCGCGUGCUGCGCCUCUGUACCGUCAACAGCGUGGAGGAGAAGAUCCUGGCCGCAGCCAAGUACAAACUGAACGUGGACCAGAAGGUCAUCCAGGCCGGCAUGUUCGACCAGAAGUCCUCGGGCUGCGAGCGCCGGGCCUUCUUACAGGCCAUUCUGGAGCACGAGGAGCAGGAUGAGGAGGAAGAUGAAGUCCCGGAUGAUGAGACUGUCAAUCAGAUGAUUGCCAGAAGUGAGGAGGAGUUCGAGCUCUUCAUGCGAAUGGAUCUGGAUCGACGCCGAGAAGAUGCUCGCAACCCGAAGAGGAAGCCCCGCCUCAUGGAGGAAGACGACAUGCCCAGCUGGAUCCUGAAAGACGACGCAGAGGUGGAGCGACUGACGUGUGAGGAAGAGGAGGAAAAGAUGUUUGGCAGAGGAUCCCGUCAACGGAAGGAGGUGGACUACAGCGACUCGCUGACGGAGAAGCAGUGGCUGAAGGCCAUCGAGGAAGGAAACCUGGAAGACAUCGAAGAGGAAGUCCGUCACAAAAAAACUACCAGGAAACGCAAGAGAGACCGCGACCACGACGGACCCACCACGCCCAGCUCCAGCAGCGGCCGAGGUCGAGACAAGGACGAAGAGGUGAAGAAGGCGAAGAAACGCGGACGCCCCCCCGCCGAGAAACUGUCCCCUAAUCCACUGUCCCUCACCAAGAAGAUGAAGAAGAUCGUAGAUGCUGUCAUCAAAUAUAAGGACGGGAACGGACGACAACUCAGUGAAGUCUUCAUUCAGCUGCCUUCCCGUAAAGAGCUGCCGGAGUAUUACGAGCUGAUCCGUAAACCUGUGGACUUCAGGAAGAUCAAGGCGAGGAUCAGGAGCCACAAGUACCGCAGCCUGAACGACCUGGAGAAGGACGUCAUGCUGCUGUGUCAGAACGCACAGACCUUUAACCUGGAGGGGUCGCUGAUCUACGAGGACUCCAUCGUGCUGCAGUCCGUCUUCACCAGCGUGAGGCAGAAGAUCGAGAAGGAGGACGAGAGUGAAGGGGAGGAGAGCGAGGAAGAGGAGGAGGAGGCAGACGAAGGCUCAGAGUCUGAAUCUCGUUCGGUCAAAGUGAAAAUUAAGCUGAGCCGGAAAGAAAAAGGGGAUCGGGGAGGAAAAGGUCAGCGCAGGAGGGGCCGCGGGGCCCGGGCCAAACCUGUGGUGAGCGACGACGACAGCGAGGAGGAGCAGGAGGAGGAACGUUCGGCCAGCGGCAGCGAUGACGACUGAAGUAUCAGACCAGCGCCCCCCUGAGGCCCGACCUGGACUUAUAUAUUCUGUUAGAAAGAGCAGGAGACAGUCGGUGGAGAACAGACUAGUUUUACUUAGAAGAGCGGACGUUUAGUCGACCACUUAUAUCCUCAUCAAAUGACAUUCAUUGAAACCAAUAAAGAAAUAAUCCCACCCCUCACUUCCAUAUUUAAACCACCCCACCUCCCCCCACGACUAGUGUCUCUUUGCCGAUUCUUUUCACCUGGUCAGUGGACAAAGUGACCGCUGGUCAUCAUGACAGACACAUGGUUUUUUUUAACGCUAUUACAUUUUUCUUUUGUCCUUCAUUUACAGACAGAGUGUACAUGUGAACCGGUAGUCACCCCUGACCCCCCCCACUCCCCCCCCCCAGGUCUGUCUUCGAGUGCAUGUGGUGCGUGUCUGUGGAAAUACAUGUGGGCGUGUCUCGACGCCGUCUGUGUUUAAUUUAAGACUAGGGAUCACGGUACAUCCCACACUGCACCCCCCCCCGUCUCUGUGAAGUGGGGUAGGGGGGCGGGGACCAUUUUUCUCCUGUCGGUGUCACUGGAUUCCAAAACAUACAAUAAAGACAUCUCAUGAUUG